UCACUCCCAAAAUCACUCCAAAGAAAGAACAAUUACAAAUCUAAUAGAAUGACUUGUGCAACAAUAUGGCAUUCGACUCUUGUCCUUUUCUUGCUUAUUGCAACGCUCUGUGCUGCGACUAAUGAUCAUCAAGAAGUUGGUGAUCUUGCAAUAGCUAGAAAGCAUGAGCAGUGGAUGGCUGAGCAUGGACGAAUCUAUGAAGAUAAAGCUGAGAGAGCUCGACGACUUGAAAUAUUUAAGGACAAUCUAAAAUUUAUUGAAGAUUUUAAUAAUGCUAGAAAGUACAAUUAUACUCUGGGCCUCAAUGAGUUUGCCGAUCUUACCACAGAAGAGUUUACAGCUAUUUACACUGGUGGAGUUAUGGAACCAGAAACAGAGUUUAUGGAGUCCCUCAGAUCCAUCAAGUAUGAGACUACUACGGAACAGCUCAAUGUUUCUGAUGUACCUUCUAGUGUGGAUUGGAGGACCAAAGGUGCCGUAAACCCUGUUAUAAAUCAAGGAAAAUGUGGUGCUUGCUGGUCAUUCGUCACGUGUGCAGUGGUAGAAGCUAUAAACAAGAUCAAGAAUGGUGAACUCUACAGGCUAUCUGUGCAGCAACUUCUAGAUUGUGACAAACGUAAUCUUGGGUGCAGGGGAGGUUGGAUGACAGAGGCAUACAAGUACAUCAUCAAAAAUGAAGGCCUCACAAGCGAAAGUAAUUAUCCAUACAUUGGAGAGCAACGAGGAUAUUGUUUAGCUGAGAAGGCCAAAGACGUCGUGGCUACAAUUACUGGUUACUCAGAAGUACCUAAAAACGAGAAAGCGCUAGCGGAGGCAGUGGCACAACAGCCUGUUUCCGCUGCCAUUUACAGUAAGGCAAGGGAGUUUCAUCUUUACAAGUCGGGAGUAUAUGAAGGACCAUGUAAUAGUAAAAUUGACCACGCUGUUACUAUUGUUGGUUAUGGAGAGACAGAUGACAAGACUAAGUAUUGGCUAGUGAAGAACACCUGGGGUACUUCUUGGGGUGAGAAUGGGUACUUCAGAAUGAAAAAGGAUGUCGGUUAUGGUGGAGGAACUUGUAGAAUUGCUUCGUACGCAACUUACCCAACCCUGGAGACCUGAUGAGUGAGGUCUUAUUAUUGUAUGGUGCGGUGUGCAUGGUUAUGUGGGCACAGACAGACUACUUGAUUAUAUCUGUCUAAAUAAGAAUGAGGGACGAUGUGUAUUGACCUUAUCUUAAAUAAAUUUGCUCUAUCUAAAAUAAAUUUCCACUA